CAACACCACCGAGCUGGCAACUGAAGAAGCGGUCACUAUCAUGACGACGGCCAUGGCCAACCAGGGAGCUAUUCAAGUUCAGCAAUUUACCGUCAUUAUGACGGUUGCCACUUCACUGAUUUGCAGUAUCCUGUCCAUCGUGUUAAACACACUUAACAUCAUGGUCGCCUGCAGUGACCAAUUAAACUUCCCUAUCAGCAACAGUGUAGCUAUCGUCUCGAUGUCACUGGGAGAUAUCAUUAUCGGUUUAUCCACCAUCAUGCGGUUUUCACUCGGUUCAUGGGCGCGCCUCAUUUGCCGGGUACACCUCAUACUCUCGGUUACGGGUGUCCGGGUAUCGAUCGUCUCCUUAAUCCUCAUCAUCGUCGAUCGCUACGUGGCUAUUGUUCACCCGUUCGCGCAUCGGCGUUUCGCUACGAAGAGGUUCUGCAUCGUGCUGGUGAUCGUCAUGUGGGCCCUGACGACGUUCGCCAACGUGCUCGAAAACGCCACUGGGACGUACUUCUACGACCCUAACCGACGAUUAUGCGACGUCCAAGUGUCGAUCACCCGUGUCGUGGUCUCGACGACUUUGCUGUAUUUUAUACCGUUGACCACUAUGCUUGUCAUCUAUACCCAUCUCCUCGUCGUUGUUCGGCGGAUGGUUCGCGAGAUCGCCCGUGUACAACCGAUACGGGACUACUCCAUCAGCAUACAUGAUCAAGGGGUGUACCCGUGCUCUGAUGUGUCACUCCCGUCUGAUCCAGGCCCUAGACCCAGGAUCGAGAUCCAGGAACGACCAAAUGCUCAUGCCUUACGUCAGAAUGACCACACGGGACAGUACAAACUGAUCUUAACCUUCUUUGCGGUCACCGCAGCCUUCACAGUUACCACCAUUCCCAACCGAAUCGUACGGCUCGUGGCUCUUUAUAAAGGUCCCCAGGCGGUGUCCUCGGGAGCAACGCUCUUCUGCAGGAUGCUGGUGAUAAGCGGAAGCUGGCUCAAUUUCGUCAUCUUUUCGGUCAUGAACCACAACUUCCGGCGUACCCUGAAGCACAUUUUAAGGCGCAGGUGUUCUGCACAUUGCUGUUAAAGACGCAUAGGAUUGGGCUCUCAUGGGGAAUUUGACAUCGUUCGUGUGCCGUUUACCCAAAUAACAGGUGAUGCCGAUCACCAGUAGGUUAUUAGCCUUCAAUUUUAAGACUAACAUGCCUUUUAUAUUGCUCUGAAUUUACCAUGCAUAGUAAAUUCAUUGUCUUGCUUUUCCCUCACCCGAGGACUCUUCGAGAGACGAGGGGUAAUUCUUGAUAGACCUACGGGUUUGCUGUGUGCAGACUUGUACACCAAAUCUGGUUUCAGCGAGCCCACAUGGAACCUGACGAUCCACUCCCUUUAAAGACAUAGGAUCGGGAUUCCGCCCAUAUAUACCGGAGCAGGUGGAUGAGUGUUUAAAUCUUGCACUUAGCGAAACUCUUGGCUCAACUGAAUAUCAAUCGGAUCUUGCUGUCAUAUAAUUUGGGUUUACUUCGAAUCACUGGGUCGUCGC